CUCAUCUGCGCGUCAACAACAAUCAUGACGCUCACUGGCAAUUCGGUGAAGAAACAAUGCAAUUCAGAAGAGCAAGAUUAACACGAUACAAACCUGGAUCAAGUUUCAGUAGAAAAUAAUAUAGACAAAGUCGCUGAAAUGUCAAACGAUCCAGUCUACAUUAAAGAUGUUAGAGUGACAGACGAUAAAACACUUGAAAAAAAAAUGGCGGCAAAGCGACGCAUAGUUGGACAUCUUAGUGAAGCGGUCGUUUCAAAAGUAAAAACUGUCAUCGAACAGUUUGUUUUCGAACUAAUCGGUAAACCCAUUUCAAACAUUCGAGAUAUAGUGAACGAGUUUUCAAGCUACGAUUUUUUUACGGCUGAAGAAGUCGUUCUCAAGAAAGGAGACACAAAUAAGAGCCUGUAUGUGAUUGUGGAAGGUUUCGUGGAUGUUCUUACGUCCGACAACACAGUUAUACGCACCUUACAUGCCGGCGACAUUUUCGGAGAUAUGUCGGCUUUAUUUAAGAUUCCCGUGACAGCGACAGUGUGUGCAAGGAGUGGUACCGGUGUCGUUGUCCUCAGUAGGGCUGGCACGCGGCGAUUUGUAGCAGGUGCAAAAACUAACAAAGUUGACUGGGCAAUUAGACGGCAUUAUCUUCCAACGAGCGAAGAAAUGGAUCCAGGUCUUGUUUAUCGCCGUCUGGCCCUGCAGACAUUGAGAACUGUUCCGAUAUUCUCUGAAUGGUCAGAUGAUGAAAUGAAGAAGUUGAUACUGGUAUUGGGGCAAAUGACUGUGACAGUUUUUCCGAAGGGGUCCUAUAUCAUUAUGCAUGGAGACCCGAUGACGUCACUAUUUGUAAUAGUGUAUGGGAAUUGUGAGGUACUCUUCUGCGAGAAAAAAGACCUAUUACAAGCUGUACACGUGACGUCACAUUUACAACCGCUGGUGUAUGGUGAAGCGGGUCUUUUUGGUGAGCAGACGUCAUAUUGUUCAAUAAAAGCCGAAAGCACUACACACGUGAUUAUAAUCAGCCACCGAACAAUUGCGCGCCUGUAUCCAUCUCACCGGACGCUUGACGGCAACAAAGUCCGUCUUCAGUUUGAAAAGUUCAAGUGUCUUUGUGACCCAGAUACAAAUCCUCUGCUAGAAACAAUCGGCUACAACAUGAGAAAACAUGCAAUAUAUUUUCGUUUAUCCUUGAUGGAAACAAUUGAAAAGGUUACGAACGGGAGUGCAAAAGCAAUCAAGGCAAACACUGACAUUUUCAAACAACUCAACGAACAUGUCGAAUCGGUAGUUAUACUUAGUGGACAAAUUAAUAUAGUAAAUGUUCUGAGUGAAUGUAACGUUAACACUCCAAGCGACCAUGUGCUUUCGGGAGAUAAAAGGUUCGAUCACUUCACGACAGUAGCUACGAAAGAAUCUAACAAGGUCGGAGAUAGCACUACAGAACCAAUCGGUGGGUGUCAAAAGGGCGGAGAUCUAGCUAUAGUAACGCCCGUCGGAUAUUACAAAUGUGUGAAUCUUACUGCACAAUCACCCAUCGGUUGUCAUACGGAUGCAUAUCCUACAAUAAAUCUCUCCAGUCAAUCGGACAGUAUGAAGAGUGCCGGUGACGUCAUCGCCCUUGCCGGCGGACACCGUGAUACAAUACGUGCACUUGUUGCAAUAACCGACUGCAUGAUUCUGAUUAUUUCGACUGUGGGGAACUCUGCGAAUGGUGCUUUGGUAAAUACGCAUGUGGAAAAUCAUGAUACGUCGCCAUUGGAGAAUGUGUGAUCAUUGGUGUAAUUAACUUUCUUAAUAAAAAUUGGUGAUCGGUGAGCGCAAAAGCCCGUAUCUUGUAAACGUCUUACAUAAUAUUAAAUGCGUUGUUAGUGUCCGCUUAUCACGUAUAUACCUGUCGACGGUGCUCUUUCCUACGAGUUGCGGUACCUCUUUUAGAAACAGAUAUAUUGUAUAAUUAUAAUGUAUUUAAAUUCAGAGUAUUUUCAUCGAGUCGGGUCUAAUAUCAGAUACUAGUAAUAUGGGUACUGUUAGUGUUAUAACAGUAGUUGUAUUUAAAAAAAAAUUAGCACUGAAGGCUAUGCUUUGCGUUUCUUCAUUUGUUAUCGUUGUAAUAAUAUAUUUUGUCCACUUUUAAGGGAGUCAAGUAUUGUCUCUGUGACAACAAAAACUAGCUUAAUCUACGGGACAACAUGCACGUAGUUCCUUGUUUGCGAUUGCAGAGUAUUGUGAUUAAAUACUAGUAGUUUGUUAAAAAUACUUUUGCAUAAUGUAUUUCAAUUGAUAUUGUUGUUUAAUAUUAUUUUAAGAAAUGAUAAAAUCUUUUAAUGAAUUAGCCCCGUUUGCGCUCGACCCCAUUGUGAUGUAAACGUAACGAAAUAAAUUAAAUUAAAACACA